UUGUUUUGUCCUCGUCAUUUUCGAUCAUUUCCUUCGUCUUUUGGUGCUUGUUGUCCCUAGACUAUCCCUACCCCAAAAUAACCCCUCCCACCUCCCAUCAGACAGUCUUUUGCGCCUAAAAUGGCUGCCGUAGUUAUCGACGGAAUUUCCGUGGUAGAUUUUAGUGUGCUUAGUCUGGAAAAGAAGAAUCCCUUGACUGAAGUAAGCCAAGACAUUCAAGGGCUUACAGAUCAAGUAUACUAUGCGUUUAGUACUAUUGGUUUUGUGUAUUUUAGAAACCAUGGCAUCACUCAAAAAAUGAUUGAUUCUGCCUUUAAGGUAUUUGACACAUUCUUUGAGUUGCAAUUUGCUGUAAAAGAGAAGUACGCAGAAAAAGAGGGAACAUCCCGUAAUGGCUGGGACGCCCUUGAAAGAGAAAGCCCGAAUCCAGAAAGACCCGGAGAUUUGAAGGAAUCGUUUGACUUUGGUUCCUUUAGCGAGGAAACUUUCGUGAUCUUUUUUUAA